CCCACACGCCCCGGCUCCAAAGCGCAGGCCUUCUCUUUCCCCACACCACACCACCCACCGGCCUCCUCCCACCCGAACCCCCAUUAACCCCAGAGGAGAGAUUCCCCGUCCUCUGACGCCAGCGGCCAUGUCCGUCACGCGGGUUCUUGCGCUGCUUGUCGCGGCGGCGCUGGUGGCCGCGGCGCCGGCGCGCGUGGGCGCGGCGGGGGCGUGCGCGGCGGAGAGGUUCUCCAAGAACCGCGUGUACGCCGCCUGCACCGACCUGCCCACCCUGGGCGCGUCCGUGCACUGGACCUACGACCCGGCGGCCUCCUCCCUCUCCGUGGCGUUCGUCGCCGCGCCGCCCUCGUCCGGCGGCUGGGUCGCCUGGGGCCUCAACCCCUCCGGCGACGGCAUGAGCGGCACGCAGGCGCUCGUCGCCUCGCCCACGGGCAGCGGCGGCGCGUACGGCGUCCAGACGUUCGACAUCCAGGGCACAUCGCUCGGAUCGCCGGGCCCCAUCGCCUACAAGACGUCCGACCUCGCCGCCGAGGUCGGCGCCGACGGCCGCGUCCAGAUGUUCGGGAAGCUCGCGCUCCAGAACGGCACCGGGGAGGUGAACCAGGUCUGGCAGGUGGGACCGGCGUCGGGCGGGAGCAUCGGCAUACACGCCAUGGCCGCCGCCAACAUGGGGGCCAAGGGGAAGCUCAACCUCGUCACGGGGGCGACCACAGCCGUCAGCGGAGGCAGCAUCCUCAGGAAGAAAAAUACCCAUGGAAUUCUGAAUGCUGUGAGCUGGGGGAUUCUUCUGCCAAUGGGAGGCAUAGUUGCUAGAUACCUCAAGACAUUCAAAUCAGCCGACCCUGCCUGGUUCUACCUUCACGUUGCUUGCCAGCUGAUCGGGUAUGCUGUGGGAGUGUCUGGCUGGGCCACCGGCAUUCAUCUAGGAAAUCUGUCCAAGGGAAUCACCUACUCGCUUCACAGGAACAUCGGGAUCGCCGUAUUUGCUCUCGGUACCGUUCAGAUCUUUGCGCUGUUCCUGAGGCCGAAGAAGGAUCACAAGCUGCGGGUGUACUGGAACGUGUACCACCACUCGGUGGGCUACACCAUCAUCAUCCUGGGCAUCGUCAACAUCUUCAAGGGCAUGAGCAUCCUGGACGUGGCGCAGAAGUGGAAGACGGGCUACAUCAUCGCCAUCGGCAUCCUGGGCGGCGUCGCGGUGGCGCUGGAGGUGAUCACCUGGGCCAUCGUGCUCAAGAGGAGGAAGACGGAGGACAAGGCCUACAACGGCGGCGCCUCCAACAACAACAACGGCCAUCUGCCCAUGUGAUGCGAUGUGAUGUGAUUCUUUCUCGGUGGCCGGAGUCUGUGGGCUGUGUUGAGCUGAGCUGCGUGUGUGUGAGCAUGGAUUGGCAGAUGCUAUGUAGGUUAGGGCCGGGCCUUAGUGGCCUUCGUCUCUCUGUUUCUUUUUGUAUGAUGAUGAUGAUGAUUGAUAGAUGUGUGUGUAUAGUACUGCUGCACAUUAUAUUAGUUAUUAUAUACUGGAAUGAGAGAGGUGAUGCCGGUCGAUGCAUACUUGGAUA